AAUGGCUGCCUCCAUCGGUCGUAACGUGAGGGCUUUGUCCCGUCUAUCGCCUUCAAUUUUACAUCCAUCACGACAGUUUCCGUGCAGCCUGCAGAAGCUACCUGUAAGAACAUGGCCGGGUCGCCCUCUAUUUGUACCUCCAAGUCAUUUUUUCUGCAAAGCAGCAUCACUCCAGGAUGAGGAUGCGGCUCAGGUUGCUGAUACUCUCUCCCACUACAAAGACAGACCCUGGGAUUACCUGGAGAGUGAAGAGUACAUUGAGAGGUAUGGAACCAUUCCAGUGUGGGAAGGCUACAGGAGGAACCACAAAGGAGGCAUUCCCCCACAGAAGACGCGCAAGACCUGCAUUAGAGGAGACAAGAUAUGUGGCAACCCCUGUCCAAUUUGUCGGGAUCCAAACAUUAUUAUCCACCACCAGAAUGUGAAAUUGUUGCAGCAGUUCAUUAGUCCCCACACUGGGAUGGUGUACGAUCCCACUCGAACUGGUGUGUGUAUGAAACAACAGAAGAAACUAAAUGAGGCAAUCAACACAGCACAAGAUCAUGCAAAUAUAUAUAUUAUAGUUCAAGACCUCACCUGGACUUUACCUCAGAAUGUGGGCCUUGCAUUAUCAGAUUGGACAAACCUGUUAGACAGCACUGGCUCAUGGGACACAAGGUGCAUCAAUGAAGGCCACACUACUGAAAUUUUUAUGGGCUUACUUCCUUUUCAGAUUCCAUAUGUGGAAUUUUCAGGAGAGGAUUACUCCAAUUCCCAUGAUGCUGUGGGGUCUACACCACCUCCCCAGUCCUUACCCUCCGGUGACACCUGGUAUAAGUGGUACAGUGAAAUAAUGCCUGAUGAAAAUGAAGUGGCUAAAGUCAAAAAGACAUACAAGGCUUACUUAAAAUGAUGGAAACUACCCAACCAUUCCUGUUCAUUGCUGCUGUUGCUGCCAUUAAUGCAAGAACUGUAGCUACUAAUCUUUGAUUUGCCACACAUAUGUACGUCAGUUAGACAGUGUGAAUUUCCAUUCUGUUUUCAUAUACUACAGGUAUGUUAAUAAAAAUUACACAAUGAAAC